AUGCCAGUCUCCCAUAUCGGCCUCACAGUCUCGCAUCUCCCCACCUCAACAUCCUUCUUCCUCUCUGCCCUACAACCCCUAGGAUACCGUUUCAUCGGCCAACAAGGCAAUCAGAUCGGUUUGGGAAUCGAGGAUGCCGAUUUCUUCCUGUGCCAGGAGGGUCCUGGCAUCCCCGCCACAGCCGCCCACAUCGCCUUCACCGCCCCCUCGCGCGCCGCCGUCCGCGACUUCUACGCCGCCGCCCUCAACGCCGGCGCCCGCCCCAACGGCGCCCCGGCCUGUCGCACGGAAAACUCGGACCACUUCAACGCCGCCGUCCUCGACUUUGACGGCAACAGCAUCGAGGUCGUGUACCGCGGCGGGGAACCCGAUGUCCGAGACGACGGCACCGUCGUGCAGCACAGUAGGGUGAUUGAAUGGAGGCGGAGCGUGAGCGGGAGUGUAAGAGAUGGGGAUGGAGCCAGUGUGGUGAGUGCGAGGACCAGUGCGUCGAAGAAUGCUCCUAGUAUUGCUUCGGCCGCAGAGACGCUGUCCAAAGCCGCGAGUCUGGUGAGGAGCGUGUCGGCGCCCGUGGCGCCUACCAUGGCUGGUACGACUCCGGGAAGUCCUCAGGUCACUGCCGAAGUCACCACGACGACCAAGAUUACGGCGACGGGAGACGGCGCGGCGAAGAAGAUCAUCGGCACGUUACUAGGAGCGGCGGCGGGAGCGGCAGUGGCAUAUGCCAUGGUGAAGAGCGAGGAAGAUAGUGCGAGGAAAGAGGCCAGGUUUGUAAGGUACAUGGAGGCGAAGGAGGCGGCGGCUUUGCAGCAGCAGCAACAACAACAACAACAGCAAGCCGCACUAGCGAUCCAAGAUGCCCAACCCGUCUACUCCUCAGCACCACGCUCGGUUGUCUCUGCCACUGGCAACAGCGCAUACGCCCCUCGAGCCAUCGAAGCCGCACCCCGAAGCUACUACUCCCCAACAUACAUCUCCGUCCCUCCCACCCAAGCCAACGCCGCAGGCGGUGAGCGUCUAGCCAUCGAAUACGCCCCCGCGCACUCGGUCGCUGGAUCCCAGUUCCCCGCGCCUCGUCGCUCGGUCACUAGCCCAGAGCUCAGCACCGUGUCCGUCUCCAAGGCAAGGAGUACAGUGUCCAAGGCGCCCAGCGCAGUCCACAGCGUGGCGGCUAGUACGCUGAUCUCGUCCUUUGUACCUGAGCACGUUGGACGGCGGGCCAGCGAGGGAAGCGUACAUUCGUCCUCCUCAACGCCGCAAAAGGCGAAAUCACACAUCUCGUCGGCGAAACCGGCAUCCAUCGUGGGUAGUAUCCUCGGCCGUCCUUCCCCUUCGGCCGCGGGCUCCAAAACGAGUAGCCACAAGGACCCGUUUACGGAUGCGUAUGAGAUUGUGGAGAUUGACGACUUGGACGAGGUCGAUGUCGAUGAUGCGAGUGUUGCGCCCAGCGAUAGUAUUUCGAAUGCUGGAUCGCACCGCAGCCGUCGCAGUCACCGAAGUAGCCACAGCCAUCACUCGAGUAAGAGUCACAAGAGCAAGAAGAAGGACAGGGAUGGCGAAGGUACUGUCGUGAGUAGCGCGAGUAAACACAGCAGCAGCAGCAAACACAGCAAGCAUAGCAAACACAGCAAGCACACGUCCGCCAGCAAACGGAGCGAGAAAUCGCACCGCUCCUCGCCACUCAAGGAAGAAUGGCACGACGCCGAGUCCGGCGGCGAUGGCGCGGGAAAUGGAAAGCGAAGCGUCGUCUCGGAGCCCAGCGACGCGAGUACCGUCAAGCCGGCCAGAUCGACGACGCAUUCUUCGCACUCGAGGUCGAGUAAGAGGAAGGAUUCGGUAACGUCGGCGAGUGGUGGGUACGAGACGACGACGACGUUGCCUGUGAGGGGGAUCACGCCGAGUAUGAUUGCGGGGAAGGAUGGGGGGAAGGUGGCGGGGGCUGGGGGGAGUAGGAGUUUGAUGGGUUAUGCUAUGGGGCAGAGGAUUAGGGCUUUUGAGGGGGCGUCGUAG